CUCAACACGAGGAACUUCAAGUUUUGCGCUUACUCUGCGAACAAACACGCGUUUGCGAAUUAUCUGUCCGUCAGGGUGAAUUUGGGUUUCUCUUGAUAGUAAGUAGCCUAAAUUAUUCAGACCAAGUUGGCGUUUUUCAUCCUUUCUGAGCUUUUCACAUCACCAUCGGUAGCUUAAACAGAUCCCCGUUUGGGAGUUCCAUACAUGCAGUUGCUGUCUAACUGUCACCGUGGAUAGAUUUAUAAUUCGGCACGGUUUGUGGACAUAACAACUGAUACACUACCGUUUUGUGCUUUUAUUAAUUUACAAGAAAGAAAGAAGAAGAAAGAAGAAAGAAAAAGACCGGUAACCAGGAGUUGCGAACACGCGUACAGUGAUUGAGUUGAAACACGCAAAUCAGACACUUCUAUUAAAAGUUUGAAAUUUCACGCUCCGCUUUUUCACUUGGCUGCCAUUUACUGUUAAAUGCACAAAGUAGACCCUGUCUGCGAUCCUUCUGCUCCACUGCCGCCCUGCACGAUAGAUCCGUGCGUUGUUGAUGGUGACAUGAGUCACAGGAUUGAAGUUGUGAAAUUCAGCAGCGACUGGUGAUGGAAUGAUACGUUUCGGGCUUAUUUUUGUACAACGCUGAUCUAACGCUUGGAAAAGAAUACUGGAAUAAGCCGCAAGGCGCACAGCUCCAUACUGAAGUGUUUAAGUUAGUCUGAGGGGGAAAUUUAAAAGACCUAAAAAUACAGCGUCGGUUUCUUCCCUACAAAGAAUCAUUUGAACUUCCCACCGCAGAGCUAGGGCGACAUAAAUAGUUCUGACAUGUGGAUGUAAUUUCAGAAGAGGAAAAAAGACAGAUGCAGAGAAAUAAAGAGAGCAGACUGAGCCGGAGCAUAUAGUAGAUUAUAGGAAAUUAAAUCGAGGGCAGAGCGAGGCGAUUACAGAGUUAUGAUUUCACAAGCCAUCAUAAGCAUCGAGAGGCCAGAUGGAGUGAAAAAACACAACUCGUUCCACUUUGAAGAGAGUUAAGUAGAUUAAAUAAUUUCAUCCGAGCUCAAUCAGCAUCUGUCUGAGCCCUGCAAGGACUCUUGGAGGUAGAGUUGCCUCAGGUCAGGGAUGGGAUCCUCUCUGCUUCUCCGCAAUCUGGACUUUCUACUCAUCUCACUACUCAGCGGUUUAUGCCUGGUUUACACCGAUGAUGUGCUGACAAAAGAGGAACAGUUAGAGUUUUUGUACAGAGCCAGGCAGAAAUGUGAGGCCAUCAUCAAUGCAAAGCAGAGGAUUCCUGAUGGUUUCUGCUCACCAGAUUGGGAUGGCAUUGUUUGUUGGCCUGAAGGGCCUCCUGGAAAAAUUGUAUCCACUCCCUGUCCAGAGUAUAUCUUUGACUUCAACCAUAAAGGAUUAGCACACCGUCGUUGUGACAGCAAUGGGAUAUGGGAGCUGGCAGUAGCCAACAGAACAUGGGCCGAUUAUACUGAAUGUUCAAAACACCUCCCCGAAUAUAACCAAAGCUAUCAAAUGGACGUCUUUCACCGUCUGUAUCUCAUUUACACGGUUGGGUACUCGGUCUCUUUGGGGUCGCUCAUGGUGGCUGUCGUCAUUUUGGGAUAUUUUCGACGGUUACACUGUACCAGGAACUACAUCCACAUGCACCUCUUUGUGUCCUACAUGCUAAGAGCUAUAAGCAUUUUUGUAAAAGACGUUGUUCUCUACUCUGGAUCGACAUUAGACAUGGAAGGAGUCAGUGUGGAAGACAUCAAGUCUAUUUCCGAAGCCUCACAAACCGACAAAACGCAUUUUAUUACCUGUAAGGUGGUCGUGACCUUGUUUAUGUACUUCCUGGCAACUAAUUACUACUGGAUUCUCGUGGAGGGUCUCUACCUCCACAGUCUCAUUUUUAUGACCUUCUUCUCCAAUAGAAAGUGCCUGUGGGGAUUUACUGUGAUUGGAUGGGGUGUACCAGCUGUGUUUGUAACCAUUUGGGCAACUGUGAGAGCCAUGUUUGCAGACACAGAGUGUUGGAACCUAAGCGCAGGCAAUUUUAAAUGGAUAUAUCAAAUGCCCAUCGUGGUUGCUGUAGUGAUUAAUUUUCUGUUAUUUCUGAACAUCGUCCGAGUCUUGGCAACUAAACUGCGAGAAACAAAUGCUAGAAGGUGUGACACCAGACAACAGUACAGAAAACUGUUGAAGUCCACACUGGUGCUGAUGCCUCUGUUUGGCGUCCACUACAUCAUAUUCAUUGCCAUGCCAUAUACAGAGGUGCAUGGGAUUCCAUGGUUGAUCCAAAUGCAUUACGAGAUGCUCUCUAACUCCUUCCAGGGAUUCCUAGUGGCAAUUAUAUACUGCUUUUGCAAUGGAGAGGUGCAAGCUGAGAUAAAAAAGUCCUGGAGCAGGAGAACUCUGGCCCUGGACUUCAAAAGAAAAGCUCGAAGCGGCAGUAACACUUACAGCUAUGGACCUAUGGUAUCACACACCAGUGUUACCAAUGUCACUGCCAGAGGACCGCUGGGCCUCCACCUCACCACGAGGCUGGGACCGGCGCCUGUGAAUGGGCACAGGAACCUCCCUGGGUAUGUGAAAAAUGGCUCCGUGUCAGAGAACUCUAUACCGUCAUCGGGACAGGAGCUCCACAUUCCAGCCGAAGAGCAUUCUGCGCAUACGCGGCCUUGUGAGGACGAAAAACCCUCGCCCGUGGUUGAGGAGGAGAGGGAGACAGUCAUGUGACCUGCAGGACGCUGUCUUUGUCGGUGAAAAUCGAGAAAAAAAAUUCAUCACGAAACAGUCUCAGGAUGGUCCGAAGGGGAUGGCUGCAUGCAUCGACACUGCCAGUUUUUUUCUCCUGUGAAUUGAGCCGGAACAUUGCCAAGCGAUGAGGCUCGAGGCAGAAAGGCCGUAUUGCUUUUGCGGGCUUAUUUGAUGGGUGAUGACUGUCGUUGUUGCAGCAAAUAACUCUUUCACCAACCGCCUGCCACACUGAAUGUGUAAAAUGUUGAGAAGAGGACUGCCGUUCUUUAUUUCUUAUUCACUGCCAUAACUGUUGUUAUCCUUCAUUUAUGUUUCCUCUGGAAGCAAUCGUCUUGUGGUCAUUUUUUUUUUGUGCAUAAGUAAAAACUGGGGUUUUGUAGUUACUACAAUGGCCAAGAAUACCCUUAAUCACCAAAGUAAAGCCAGGUGGGUACUGAGCGUUCUCAGAGGCACAAAUAUGGGCAAUUUAAUCAGGAAGUUUUGAAUGAAGAUUACAUGUGGCUUUAAAACUAAUAAUCUUACUUGUUGAGACAUGUGUUCAUGUUUCCUGGUGUGGAAUCUCAUUUGUUCUGCAUUGGAUUAAAUCCACUUCAGCGUAAAAGGGAAGUUACUCAGGUAAUUGAAGUCCUCUGUUGUUGCACACCUAUUUUUAUACUGUUCAAGUGGUGUUUUAGCAUAGUCAGCUUUUUGCUCCAGAGGAUCCAUGUGUGUCAUAAAAUAUUAUUUCGUGUUUCUCUUCUGUCCCCUCCCACCCAGUAUUCAGCCCUCUAACUCCACAGAUUUUGAAUGGUUAAAAUGAAUGUACUUGUUUUUAGUUUUUUGUCCAUAUAAAAUGUUAAUACUCACACGGCCAAACUAAAAACACCAAAGUAAGAAUGUCUUUGCAGACAACCUUUUUCUUUGAGUAACGUCAUGUAACUCAAAGGAAAACUGUAUAUACUGGAUAUAUUCUCAAAGUUGUCAAAAGAUGAAGCCCUAUUAGAAGGCACAGGGUGCAGGCAACGGUCUUAUUAAUAUUCCAGUGGAAUAUUAAUUUAAGGAGGAAACAAAGAGUCUUAAAUUCCCAGUGGGAUUCCAGGAGUGAUAAUUGUGAUGCUAUAGAGAAAAAAAAAACUGAAGUUACUACUACACAGUAUUUUUUACAGGUAGUCAGUCCAGUGUUGUGCUGCUUUUAUGAUGUAUAUACAAGUCACGAUGUUUACAAAAAUCAGAGAUACAUUCUAAUUGUGAGCUUAAAGUGUUCCUAUGUAUGGAUAUGUUAUAUGUUAUAAAGCUGUUUUGAUGUUAUUUUUUCAUGUAUUGGUUUAUGGGAUGUUGGCAAUAUUUGGUUAUGUAUAUAGGCCAAAACACAACAGUUGAAUAUCUUUGUAAUUUACUAUACUUAGCCUGCAUGAUUGGCAGGGUAGCUCAUAUGAUCUAUUAUACCAAAGAGAAAAGACAUGAUAAGCUGCCAGAGAAGAGGUUAUACUGACAAUUUUAUUUGUAUUAUCCUCCACCAUUGCGUUUACAGUGACCAGAUUGUCUUAAUUUUGCAGUAAUAUCUUAUUUUUUUUCUUUAAAAAAAAUCUUUAGUUUCAUGUAAAUAGCAGUGAAGGAUUCAAAACACCCAGACACAAAGUAACAACAGACCAAGGCCUUUAAUAUUAAAUUUGUUGUUAAAUCCAUAACAUGGAGACUAUGUUUCAAGAUCUAACAUUAGCUUAUAUAAUGAUUCUGAAUGUCACAAAAUUUUCAAGCAGUAUCUGGCCAAAUUUCUACAUAUUCUCGAGUGAAUACUAUUUAACUGUAAGCUCCCCUGUAUGGCUCUUUUGGUCAUUUCACACUUAGUUAGCCACCUCUUUAACUUAAAGCCUGAUCUGUUCAAGUUACUGCUUACAGUACAAACUGGAUACAAGGUAAAAGAUCCAAUAGCACUAGAAUGAAAUCAACUUUACACACCGACUGUUUACCCUUUUAGCAAGUAUUUAACGUUUUUAACAUGCUUCAUUUUUUCCUAUUAUUAUAUAAAAGACAAAAACCAAGAAUGAUUUAACUUCAGUGUCAUAUAACAAAUUCCCGUUUGCCAUAGAGCUCUAUGAUGAACAUUCACUGGGUGAUUUUAUCGUUCAUUUUUCCAGAGUAUUUGUCUAUUCUGCAUAUUACGGUAGCACAUCUAAUAUGCAAUUCAUAACUCAAAAUAGUAAUGCAUUUAUCAGAGACUAACUCCUGUUUCUUUUACCUCUGCUAAAAACUGUAAUUGUAAACUACAUCCUCAAACUUUUUCAGCUUUUUUCCCUUUAAUUAAGAAAAAACAAUUUGAAAAUAAAAUGUAAGAGAAGCAGACAGCUCCUAGCUGCUUUUGACAGUCAAGAGGGACAUUUUCAUUCUGCUAUAAUUAUGACGUAAGCUUGACUGGAUUGACUACAAUAGUAAUUACAGGUGGCUGCAUGCCGCAGUGAUGAAAAUAGAAAAAGACAGGCUGAGGGAAACCUUUAUAAAGUCAUGUUACCGUACCUUGCUGCCACAGAAGGUUUAAAUAUCUAUCAUCCAUCUGUAUCCUUUAUAAUGGGUAAUUUAAUGCAUUUCUCCCAGGCUUGUGAAAACUGAAAGUUAGCCUAAUUUGCAAACCAUCAAAGAGUAUACCAUGUUACUGUUGUAUAAUCCAGUUUUUCACUCAGAGGUUGGGCAAUGUCAGAGCAUGAAGAUCUUUUUUUUUUUUUUUUGUAAAUCAAGAACACUUGGAAAAUUCUCUUUGACCACUUUAAUACCCUGUAAUAUGGUGUUUUGUUCUGAUUGUAUUAUGUAAAAAGAUUGUGUUUUGGAAUCAAGUGUACAAUAGGGCCAAUAACCAUAGAGCUAAGGUUGUAUUUCAUUGUUUCAAAUACCUCUCAUGGAAGUAUAAUGUGUAUUCCAUUGUCAUUUAUUUAUCUUGUGCCGAAGUGUACUCAGUGGACUUGACUUUAUAGUUUUCAUGCUUCAGAUACCGUAAUGUGGGCAGUGACACAUCAUUCAGUCAUUCUCUCUUCACUCCUUUGUGAUGUAGGCAUGUUGUAGAUACCAGUGUAAACUUCAGAUGAGAUUGGAGGAUGCUUUCUGAUCUCUAUUGUUCAUCAAUGA